AUGCCUCUCCUUCGAAAAGGCGAUCCAAGGAGGUCUCAACAGAACCUCAUGAUGGAAAGCAAGUCUUCAGCGGAAGCUUCGAGCAUCACGUUGAACGAAGGCAUGGAUCGGUAUCUCGAGCCACCGUCCGCCCACCCAGUCUACGGGAACUAUACAGAGGAUGUGCCCCUACAAGAGCAGCAGAGCCUCACUCCCCGAAGGCCUCCCAUGUCUGAAUACCACAACCGAACAUUGUCUGAUCUCGGGCCAGAGAGCAUCGAGGGCAGCCCUAUCGACUCACCACACCAUUCGCACUACCCUCCCUUUGGCCCUCGAGCGAACUCUGCCAUGUCAGAUGCCGGCACGAUGAACAACUCACCCUACAACUCUGGCUCGCCAUACCCGGGCGGCUCCCCAUAUCCCGCGGGCACACCCUGGAGGAGUCAGGAGACGCUCAGGCCGCUGGUGCCCGAUGCUCCUCAGACAUAUAUGAGGAGGGACUGGGUCAAAGACGGCUCAAUUGCUCAGUUGAAGUCGAGAGAUGACAAAGAAUUCAUCUACGGCUGGAAGAAGUGGUUGUUCAGGUGGGUGGCACCAGUACUGGGAAUAACCACUCUUGCUUUAUACUGGGUCUACUUUGGCAUGCGAAUUACCUUUGUCGUCCAAGCCCAGACCAAGUUCCACGCACCCUUUCCUUUGGCCUGGGUGUUCAUUGCCAUUGAAAUUAGCGUUGCGAUUCCAAUCUUUAUGCAGACCUUUUGGUCGCUCUUCAUCAUGAAGAAGAGACGGCGACCUCAGCUUCGACUGGUCGGCAACGACGUUCCCACAGUCGAUGUUUUCAUCACCUGUUGCGGCGAAGACGACGACGUCAUUCUCGACACGGUACGAGCAUCUUGUGAUUUGGACUAUCCCAUGGAUCGGUUCCGUGUUGUGUUGUUGGAUGACGGGAAAUCAGACCACCUCAAGCAAGUACUGAACGACAUGCGCGAGCUCUUCCCCAAUUUGUACUACAUGCGCCGUCCAAAGUUCCCAGGCGUGCCCCAUCACUUCAAAGCUGGAAAUCUCAACUAUGGUCUGGACGAAGUUCACAACUUGCCAGGAGGUGCCUCCGAAUACAUGGCGGCUUUGGAUGCCGAUAUGAUUCCAGAACAGCACUGGUUGCGAGCCGUUAUGCCACACAUGCUUUUGGAUGAGAAGAUGGGUCUCGCAUGCCCUCCUCAACUUUUCUACAACGUUCCAAAGGGCGACCCUCUCUGCCAAAGUCUUGAUUUCUUCGUCCACGUGUCGGAGCCAGUCAAGGAUGCCAUGGGCGUUGCCUGGUGCACAGGAUCCGGCUACGUCGUUCGAAGGAUGGCUCUCGAUCAAAUUGGAGGGUUUCCUCUGGGUUCGCUCGCCGAAGAUGUAGCAACAUCUACACGUCUGCUCGGUCGGGGCUGGAAGACGGCCUAUAUUCACGAGCCGCUGCAGUUUGGCACCGUGCCCGAAGACUACGGCAGUCACUUGAAGCAACGUACCCGAUGGGCUAUUGGAACAGUCGACACCUCAUUUAAACUGAAAUUCUGUCUCUACGGCGACGAUGUCAAACACAUGACUUUCGCACAGCGAAUGUCGAGCUUUAUCUACGCCUUUCUGAGUUUGUUCAACAUCUUCUUGACGCUUUCAAUCUUCGCCAUGCCCAUCGUCCUCAUUAUCAACAAGCCUCUCGUGGCCUACUCCAACAACGACGAACUCAGAUUGCUGAUCAGAACAUGUUUCGCGCUCACCAUCUGUAACCGUCUGUGUGAAUUUGUCCUCUAUAUCCCUGCUGGAUAUCACACUGGACAGCGGGGCAGCCGGUCACAGCUGUGGAUGAGCCCCUACAUUGCGCUGACCAUCAUCCGCUCCUUCAUUCUCCCCACAUGGCUCGGUGGCCAAACUCAGGCCUUCAAGCCUACCGGCAGUCUCCAAUCCGCUCUGAACGAGCGAAAUCCCAAGUUGAGAGCGCCCAUGUGGCGACGGAUAUGGACAGUCAUGGUCAAUUAUCUUGCUGGAUUUCAUGUCGCAUACGUUUACUGGGUUCUGGUUGCCGUCACGCUGUCAAGUUAUCGAGCGUUCCUUCAGCAUGGAGUUAGAGCCAAGCUGAUCGAGAAUCUAACUCAUGCAUGGUGGGUGCCCUUGUCUUGGAUAAUGGUUGUAUCUUCCUUCUGGAUCCCGUUCACUUAUGCCGUUGACCCACCAUCGAUGCCUGAUCGCGAGUCUCUGCUCGUUCGAGACCCCAAGACCGGCGUUGCGCAUCCUACCAAGGAAAGUAAGACGAUUGCUUUCCGCGGCCAGACGUUGUGGUUCGAAUUCGAGUACACCUUCACCACAGUCUUUACCUCUGUCAUCUUCGCGGCCACGUUCUUCUACAUCUAG